AUGGGUACCUUCCCCGCGUCCUGGACUAGUGUACCACCACUUACCAAAAAUGUUGGAAUUCUUUUGUUUGAACAUCGUCCACGCAAAUAUCCUGCCGCAUCAAAUCACACUGAGGAAAAACAACCAAUAAUAGCGACAUAUUCAACUUCGCACACACCAAAAGUCACCAACAGUAGCAGACAGUCCAUAGUCCUCAUCGAUUCCCAAUUUCAAAGCAACAUCUACAACGACUACUCAACUAAGCAGACGCCCACCAUGAAGAAAUCAGUUUUGAAGCUUCGCAUCGCCGCAGUUAUUCUGGCAGCAGUCGUAGUGCUAAUCACUAUCUGCAUCUGUUAUGCGGACUCACCAUGUGGCGACGAGCAGAUUGAUGAAGAGAACCCACAAAGUCUAAAUCAGUCUCGGGAGUCGAGGAGACGCAAGAGUGGAGAUUCCGACAUUGAGUUCGCCCUCUUGUCGCCCAUGUCCCCAAUGUCGGUUCUGUUUGUUGGUCGAGAGUUAUGA